GGACAAACUUGGUGGGGCGUUUCGCCCUCGUCCCCGGGCAUGGCUGGCACGGGCUGGCGGCGCGGGGGCUUCCUCCUGGCGCGGGUGGCGGUGGGCGGCGGGGCCAGGAGCCGCGCCUCUUGCCGGGAACCGGGGCCCGACCCGCCCGGUCCGGAUUCCAAGCCCGGGAAAAGCCCCGGAGCCCCCAGGAUCUACACCCGGACGGGAGACCAAGGGUUUUCCAGCACCUUCACCGGGGAGAGGAGAGCCAAAGAUGACCAGGUCUUCGAGGCUCUGGGGACCCUGGACGAGCUGAGUUCGGCUGUCGGCUUAAGUGCUGAAUUUGGCAGUGAAAGCGGCCACACGUUUGUGGAAGAACUCCACAAGGUCCAGUGUAUGCUGCAAGAUGCCGGCUCCAAUGUGGCAACGCCCGUCUCUUCAGCCAGGGAGUCUCACAUGAAGCGGACGUCCUUCAGUGAGAAGCCCGUGCUGGAGUUGGAAAGCUGGAUAGACAAAUACUCCGAUCAGCUCCCACCGCUCACCUCCUUCAUUCUGCCAUCUGGUGGAAAAAGCAGCGCUGCGCUCCAUCUCUCCCGAGCCGUGUGUCGCAGAGCCGAGAGGUGUGUCGUUCCUUUGGUGAAAACAGGAGAAGCAGACGCAAAUGUGGCCAAGUAUUUAAACAGGCUGAGUGACUACCUGUUCGUCUUGGCCCGGUUUGCUGCAAAGCAGGAAGGGAAGAAGGAGCAAAUCUACAGAAGGAUGGAGCCCAAAAACUAAACUCCUGAGUGCAUGUUGUGCAACGAACAACUUUUGAGCUGAUAGAAGGCAAAACAAAGCGUAAAAUCUCGGCAAUUUGAAAUGCUCAGAUCCCUACCUGAAAAGCCAAUAGACACCUACAGAAAUUCAGUCCAGCUUGUAUAUGUGAAUUCAGAGCAACUGUAACGCCUGAAGAUGCCUCUGUGGCUUCUUGGAACACUGGAGGGAAUGGAGGCAGGAGAUUGAGUUCAGUCCCCUUGGCUCCAGUUAAGCAGGAGGUUGCCUGCCAGUUUCCUUUGAAGCUCAAGACAAAAAUGGACCUGGAUUUCUUCCCUCGGCCACGUCCAUCAGGACGUCUUGUCAACAAUCUUGCAAAGUGCAGCUUCUGAGAGACGGGCCUUUUUGGCCAAUGGUCCAGAAUGGAGCCUUGCCAGUAAGCUCCUUCACUGGCUUCUGUUUUUCCCAGUCAUCCGUUUUAAAAAAAAGCGACCGCAGCAUUCAACCAAUUUUUCAACUUUUAUUUCUUGUAUUCAUGAAUUUCCAGUGUGAAGAAUGUGCCAUAACUAAAAAAAUACUAAGU